CUCCCCCCAAAACCCCCACUCCUCCGUCCUGCCGUCCGGCGAGAAAUCCCCGAGCUCCGGCGAGAUGCAGAUCUUCGUGAAGACCCUCACCGGGAAGACGGUGACGCUGGAGGUCGAGAGCAGCGACACCGUCGCCAACCUCAAGGCCAAGAUCAAUGAUGAGGAAUGCAUCCCUCCGGAGCAGCAGCGGCUCAUCUUCGCCGGGAAGCAGCUGGAGGACGAGCGCACCCUGGCCGACUACAACAUCCGGAAGGAGUCGACGCUGCACCUGGUGCUCCGCCUCCGCGGCGGCGGACAGGGCAAGGGCGGCAACUACCCCACCAACAUCGAACCCAACCUCCUCCAGCUCGCCCUCAGGUACCGCCAGCACAAGAUGAUCUGCCGCCACUGCUACGCUCGCAAUUCCAUCAGGGCCGAGAACUGCCGCAAGAAGAAGUGCGGACACAGCAACGAGCUGAGGAAGAAGAAAAAGAUGGUAGUCAAGCGGGACUGAAGCAACAUCAAAGAGCGAGAGAAACGAAGAUCAAUCCAUGUUAUGCAUCAGUUGGACCAACUAUCUUAGCACUUUAUCCAUGUUAGAGACCAUACUAGAGUUGUGGGGACUCGGAAUUUAAUUUUCGCCUAGUUUAAAUUUCCUACUGGAGUACUUAUCUGAUGCAGAGCAGCGGUAUGCAGCUUCAGAAACUGCUUGCCAAAGUUCCUGCCUGUUGUUGAAACUUGAUCGUUCUUACGUGAUGCUAGUGGUUAACAUG